CAUGAAUCCGUUGACCAUUCGGUUUAUUUCAAUUCAGCCGCUGCCUUGCUCCGCAUCUUGUUAUUUGGAAAGCAGAUGUUGCAGCCUUGCGGCAUGGAAGUAUAUAAAGAAGGCAGCGUAAUCGUUGAGUCUGUUUCUACAUCUCAACAGUCGGCUCUGCUCACGCUUUCGGUACAAAGUUUAAUUCUAUUUUCAAAUCAUGCCUUUUUCCAAUGACGAAGAAAUCAUGAAGACGGCCGGAGGGCUGGUGGAACAAUUGCAAGCUAUCUUUGGGAAGCACCCAGGCUUUCGCCCAGCACACGCCAAGGGAAAACUCUACAGUGGAACCUUCACACCAUCCGCGAAAGUCAAGGAGCUAUCUAUUGCCCCUCAUUUCACCAACGCAGAAACUCCAGUAUUGGUCCGAUUCUCCAACUCGACCGGGAUCCCCAACAUCCCCGAUACCGAUCCAAAUGCUGAUCCUCGGGGUAUUGCUAUCCGAUUCAUGAUUGGCGAACGAAAGCACACUGAUAUCAUUGCCCACUCGGUUCCUGCCUUUCCAACUCGUACCGGGGCCGAGUUUCUGGAAAUGUUACAGCAUCUGGCUGCCGGAACUGUUGGCGAUUUCCUCGGCACCCACCCAAAGGCACUCGCCUUCGUCCAAUAUCCCAAGCCGCCUCCAGCGAGCUUUGCAACACAGCAAUACUACGGUGUUACAGCUUUCAAACUUAUUGACUCGGCUGGUAAAGCUACCUUCAUCAGAUACCACGUGGUCCCGGAAGCUGGUGUUCAGAUCCUCGAUGAAGAAGUCGUGAAAGAGAAGGGCGCGAAUUAUCUGCAAGAAGAGCUGGAGACUCGUCUUGCAGGAGGGCCAGUCUCAUUCAAAAUCUUGGCUCAGAUUGCUGCUGAGGAUGAUGUAACGGACGACAAUACUGUCCACUGGCCUGAUACUCGUCCCGUGGUUGAGCUGGGUUCCUUCAAGGUGGAUACCAUUGAGGCGGACUCUGCAGCAAAGACGAAGUACAUCAUCUUUGAUCCCAUCCCACGUGUUCAGGGAGUGGAACCAUCAGAUGAUCCCCUUUUGGAGAUGAGAGCGGCUCUGUAUUUGAUUAGUGGAAAACAGCGGAGAGCCGCGGAAGCUUGAUGCUCUUGAUGCGAUUUUGAGGCUCAGCAUGUUUAUUAGUUCUGGCUUGCUCCAUACUAAUAGACUUAGGUCACGCUCUUCAGGAAAUUUUGUACUACUCUUUUGCGUUGUGAUCUUUGCUUUCCAUGGUUGUCAAUCAAAUCUGAAGUCAAGUUUAUCUGUAGCAUGCACGAGCUUGGGAGUUACUCAAAGUACAGUACUCCUGCUCAAUGGAAGGUGUUCGACUGGGGUUUACGCUUUAUUAUAUUUGCGAAAACAUUUGAUGGAUAACCGGCAACCUGAACCCUCGACGAAG